AUGCCAGGAGUUUCUCAGUUUUUUAAGAAGCGGUCUGACAGAGAAGUGGCUGAAGCAGCCUUUAAUGGGCCCGAACCUGUGGGUGACCAGGAAAAAAACUCUGACUUACUGAGAUCUAAUUCUAAGGAAGACGACAUUCACUCUGACCAAGUGUCAAUCGAUGCUGCUCCAGGUGUGCAAAAAGCCGAAGCCAUCACUCUUGUGUGGGACAAAAAAGCUCUUUAUAUUACUUAUGUCUGGAUUUGGGUGUGUUUCUUCAUGUUGGCUUUUCAGUCUGCCAUUGGUAAUAACGUAAUUUUCUAUGCUUAUGCCGAUUUUUCUGCUGCUCCUCAGGUCAGUACUGCCGGUAUUUUGGCUACCAUCAUUGGUGGUGUGUUGAGAUUGCCUCUUGCUAAGACAUUGACUCUUUGGGGUCGUUGUGAAGGUUUCUUGGUGUUUGUGGUUGUCUACUUGAUUGGUAUUAUAAUCAUUGCUUCUUGUACGGGACCAAGCUCUUAUGCUGCUGGCUAUGUGUUGUACUGGAUUGGUUACGACAUGAUUUACAUGAUUCUUGAUGUUUUCAUUGCUGACACAUCUGGUCUUCGUAAUCGUGCUUUUGCCUUUGCCUUUGCAUCCACUCCAUUUAUUUGUACUGCUUUCACUGGACCUCUUGCUGCUCAAUCUUUCCUUACGACAGGUGGCUGGAGAUGGGCUUACGGGGCUUUUGCUAUCAUUCAAGUGUUUGUUUUCGUGCCUCUUGCCGUGGUAUUCAAGUUUUACGAGAAGAAGGCCGAAAAAUUGGGCCAAAUUAAGAAAAACCCAAGCGGAAGAACUAUCAUUCAGUCUAUCGUUCACUAUAUCCAUGACUUUGAUGUCGUUGGUGCUUUCAUCUUGAUGGCUGCUUUCAUUCUUUUCUUGCUUCCAUUCUCUUUGGAACAAUACGGAAGAGCUCAAUACAAGAGUGCUACUUUUAUCGCAAUGGUUGUCAUUGGUGUUUGCCUUUUCCCAGUGUUUGCCAUUUGGGAAAAGUUCUUUGCUCGUACUCACUUUGUGCGUUGGGAACUUUUCAAAAAGAGAACUGUUGUGGGUGCUUGUUGUCUUGCAGCCAUUCUCUACUUCAGUUUCUACUGUUGGGAUUUGUAUUACGUGUACUUUGUUACGGUUGUCUACAACUUGUCCACAUCAGAUGCCGGUUACAUGGGCCAAAUUUACAAUGUUGGUUCUUGUUUCUGGGGGGUUGUGUUCGGUGUUUGGAUUCGUUAUACCAAACACUUCAAGUACACCUGUCUUUGCUUUGGUCUUCCUCUUAUGUUCCUCGGUGCUGGGCUUAUGAUUCGUUUCCGUGGACAAGAUUCCAACAUUGGCUACAUCAUCAUGUGUCAAAUUUUCAUUGCCUUUGCUGGUGGUACCAUGGUCAUUGGUGAAGAUAUGGCUGUUAUGGCUGCUGCUGAUCAAGACGGUAUUCCUAUGAUGCUUGCCCUUAUUGGUCUUUUCUCCAGUGUGGGUGGCUCUAUUGGUUACGCUGUUGCUGCUGCUAUCAACGCCAACGUGUUUGUGGAUGCUCUUACUAAGGCUUUGCCAGCCGCACAAAAGGACCAAGCUUACACCAUUUACUUGGGAGGUGUUACUACCCAAACAAAUGCCACUCUUUACCCAGUUGGAAGUGAGGCCAGAGAUGCCAUCAACUACGCUUGGGGUCAAACUCAAAGAGAUGGUGCCAUUGCUGCUACUUGUAUCUUGGUUUUGGCCAUUCCAGCCAUUGCUGUCUGGAAGAACUAUAACGUCGAUAAGAAGCAAAUCAAGGGUACUGUCUUCUAA